GGUAAAUCUCUCUGACAAGAAGCAUGAACAGCCAACUGUGACGUCCUCCUAAGUAACAUAACUUGUUGCACUUGUUUCUCCAAUGACUGGCGCCAGCAGUUCCCUUCAACAGUCCAGCCCUCUGACUGCACCUUGAAAAAGUUUGAACCAUGCAGAUAAUGUUCCUGUCACAGCACACAUACGAACAAUAAAAGGUGGAGAGAGCUUUUCUGGAGAAAGAUUUCCUCGGUCUAUACUAUUGGAAGUUUCAUUAAAAACGGACCCACUGAAGAAUCACGAAAGGAAAAACUUUCCUGCAAACAAGCAAGAUCAGCACAUGAUCACAUGGACAUUUCAUUGCUGUGCUCUCAACAAAUUAAUCUCUGCUGAGUGCCAGGGGAAGUGAUCACAGCGCUGCAGCCAGAGAUGAAGACCAUCAUAAAUGCCAUAGGUUGUGUGAGAAGAAAGCGCACCGCCAUCCUCUUCUUCUUCCUGGCUGUGGCCAUCACAAUCUUUGUGAUUUAUAGCAUGGCGGUCAAGGAGUUUCAGCAUGAAGUGAACUCCACCAUCAUCUUCCCGAGAGUUUCCAUUGACCCUGACAUGCAUAAUGGCCUCUGCACCUUCCAGCCACUGUCCCCUGAGCAUGCCCUGGAGGAGCGCCUACUAUUAAAAUCCAUUGUUUGGCCUAAAACUCCACCUCUGUCAGACCGUCAUUCCCUGAACCAGACCAGUGAUCCAGCUCACAGCAGCUUCACCAUUCUCCCAAGGAGGGGAGGAGGACAGUGGCGUGUAGGGGAUCAGCUGGAGGUCAUGAUAAAAAUGUCUGACUUCCAGGGUCAUCCCAGGAAGUUUGGGGGGGACUUUUUACUCGCCAGACUGCACAACUUGAAGCUUGGUGCAGGUGUGGCUGGACAAGUGGUGGAUCAUCUCAAUGGGAGCUACUCUGCUGUGUUCUCUUUACUCUGGGAAGGAGUCGCACAGGUUGAGGUGACGCUGGUUCACCCUAGUGAGGCUAUCCCAGUGCUGGAAAGGCUGAACAGACAAGAGCCUGACAGGGUUUAUUUCAAGAGCCUCUUCCGUUCAGGCUCACUCUCUGAAACUACCAUCUGUAACGUCUGCCUACGCCCAACCGUGCAGCCGCUCUGCAACUACACUGACCUCCAUACAGGCGAGCCUUGGUUCUGCUACAAGCCAAAGAUGCUCAGCUGUGAAGCCAGGAUCGACCACUCCAUAGGAGGAGUCAAACGGCUAAUCACUCCCAAUGAGAAGAAGCUCUUUCAAAGCGGUGUCAACUUGAAAGUCCACAUUCAGGCUUCAGGACCUGCCAAUGUUACUGUAUGGCCAAAAGAGGAAGAUCAACCAGCGUUAAAGAGCAGAACUGUGACGUCUGGACCCUCUGGCUAUUACUACCAGGGUGCAUGGCAAGCUUUAAAUGGCACCACAGUUCAUCAAUUCCACUCCUCUGCCAUCACUCAGUGUCUGAAAGGCAAGGUGGUCCACAUGUAUGGAGACUCCACUGUCAGGCAGUUUUUUGAAUUUCUCAACGCAGUACUACCAGAUCUUAAAGAAUUUGAUCUGCACAACCUGAAGAAAGUCGGACCUUUCAUCUCCUUGGACUAUCUAAAUAACAUCUUGGUGACGUUCCGUUGCCACGGUCCUCCUAUCCGUAUUGCCAGCAUUUCAACCAGUGAGCUUCGUUACAUUGCCAAUGAACUUAAUGACUUAAAAGGAGGCACCAACACUGUUGUAGUUUUUGGAAUCUGGGCUCAUUUUGGCUCCUUUCCCAUGGAGGUCUAUAUUCGGCGGCUGCAGAACAUCCGCAGGGCGAUGGUCCGGCUGCUGGACAGGGCUCCAGGCACAAUGGUCAUAAUCCGAACUGGGAACCCACAAAGUCUUUCCUUUACGCCUUACUCAUCACUAACUAACAGCGACUGGUACUCACUGCAGUUAAACAAGGUGCUCAGGGCCAUGUUCAAAGGACUGAAUGUUCAUCUGAUCAAUGCCUGGGAGAUGGUCUUGGCCCAUCACCUGCCACACAACCUCCACCCACAACCUAUUAUUAUUAAGAAUAUUAUGAAUGUUAUCAUGUCCCACAUAUGCCCUCUAAAGAACAACUAGAUGUGCACUUGUUGGCGAGGGAUGAGUUAGGGUAUCUCUGCUCAGUUUAAAUGCUAUAUCUGUGUUUCUACUGAGUGCUGCAUUUUGUGUUCAGUUCUCCAUGCACAGACUAGACUAACUAUAAUGACUGGUAAAUGUUGAGAUAUUUUAAUUAUUUAUAAAAGACUUAAUAUCAGAUUGACCUCUACCUAAACAGCUGCAUAUUUUCUUGUGGACUCUCACUGUGAUAUACUAUUUUUGAAAUGGAAAUGGUUUUGAUUAUAUGUAUUCAUGUGUUUGACCAGGUUUUUCAAUUUCUUCGUCAUGAUUAUCCAAUGAAGCCAUUUUAUGGGUGCUAGAGACAGGCAGUUAGUGUUUGUAUAUCAAUGACAAUUAAAUUAAAGGAUGUGCUUGCCUUUGUAAGUCUUUUUCCUUGGAGGAGGAUUUUGUUGGAGAGGAAGAGCAGAGCAUCCACACUAAAGUACCUGAUGUUAGUCCUUAUGACCUAGAGAGGGUCGGAUCAACAACAAUUCCAUACAAUAUGGAUCCUUUAAUAUUUCAUUUUAAAUGGCAUAAAAGCAUUCCCCAAAAUUAAGUAAAACACAGCUUAGCAUAGUUUUUAGGGGUAAAUCAAUCCAAGCAUUUGGUCAUCCAUAGAUCAUAUCCAUUUAUGUUUAUUUUAAGUAUGUACUGAUAUAUCGUUUUCACUGUGAAUGCUAAUUUGUGUGUAUGACCUUUGUAAAUGUAUACUUUUAUGAGUAAGUCUAUUUUAUUUAAUUUAUUUAUUUUAUCUUUAUUCUUUUUUUAUCCAUUUGUGUGUUCAUUUAUUUUACUGCUCAAUUUGGUAUUGCAUGCUCUAGGGCUGGGUGAUAUGGAAUAAAGUCACAAUAUUUUUAUA